UGAGAUGUCGGUGGUCUCUAACCACAUGAACAAAAUGUAAACCCUCAUGUGAAGCAGAGCAUUUCUGAGAAGUCAGCCCACAUCACCUGUUCACAUAUAUAAAUGUCUACUCCAUCUCUGGCUGUAGUGUGAAAGUUCAAGAUUGCUAGAGAGAGAUUCCUAACAAUGAGGCAUCUCCACUUACUCUCGGCUGUGUCCUUCCUUCUGUAUAUCAAUGGCUAUGUGUGUAUGGAAAUAAUUGGAGGGAAUGUCGCUGCUCCCCACUCUAGACCUUACAUGGUUUUUCUGAACUGUGAAGGUGCAUGCGGCGGGACGCUCAUUAAACCUAACUGGGUGCUAACUGCUGCUCAUUGUAACUGUGGCAAUGCGACAAAGGCUAUCUUAGGUGCUCACUCGCGGACUGAAAUUACAAACCAGCAGCAGGUGAUUCGCAUUAAACGUGCUAUUAAAUACCCUUGUUUUGACAAGGAUUUAAAGAUAAAUGACCUUCAACUGUUACAGCUGGAGAAACCUGCCAAGUUAAACAAGUUUGUGUCAACCCUGCCGCUACCUAAACAGGAGGAGAAUGUGAAAUCGGGAACACAGUGCAGCACUGCUGGGUGGGGGAUCACUGAUCUAAAGAAACCAGAAAAACUAUCAGAUGUCCUACGUGAGGUCAAUCUGACCAUUGUAGAUAAUAAAACAUGCAGCAAAGCAUACAGUAAGAAAAAUCAAAAAAUAAUCAGCAGUAUGAUAUGUGCGGGACCACUUAAAAAGCGCAAAGAUGACACUUGCCAGGGUGACUCUGGUGGACCAUUGAUCUGUAACAACAAGCUCACAGGUGUUACCUCUUUUGGUCAAAAAUGUGCAGAUCCCAAAUUCCCCGGUGUUUACACCUUUCUGACCAACAAGUAUCUCAACUGGAUCAGAACAGAAACUGGAGGAGCUUCAUUCUAACUCAAAAAGUAUACAGACAUAAUCUUUUCAUGAACGAUAAUUAAAAAAUAAAUGGUAUGCCAUGCA